CUUCAGAAGAUCAAUCACCAAGUCCUUCUUUACCUUCAUAUUAUUUUUUCUCCUCUCUCUCUCCCUGUCUCUAUGGCUCUCUCAUUAGCUUCUUCUUCUCCUUCUCGCACUUGGUUGUACGAUGUUUUCCCUAGCUUCAGUGGGGUAGACGUCCGUGUUACUUUCCUCAGCCACUUGUUGAAGGAGUUUGACAAAAAGUUGAUCAGUGCUUUCAAAGACAACGAGAUCGAGAGAAGUCGAUCACUGGAUCCCGAGCUUAAACAAGCCAUUAAAGAUUCGAGGAUCGCAGUGGUUAUCUUCUCCCAAAACUAUGCCUCUUCAAGCUGGUGUCUUAAUGAGUUGUUAGAGAUAGUCAAGUGUGGUCAAAUGGUGAUACCUGUUUUCUACCGGUUGGAUCCUUCCCACGUGAGGAAACAAACCGGUGAAUUUGGGAAAAUAUUUGAAGAAACAUGCAAGAAUCAAAAAGAGGAAGUGAUAAUAAUUCAGUGGAGGAGAGCUUUGACCGAUGUAGCCAAUACACUCGGGUAUCAUUCAGUAAACUGGGGUAACGAAGCUGCAAUGAUUGAAGAAAUCGCCAAUGAUGUUUUGGAUAAACUACUUUUAACUUCAUCGAAGGAUUCAGAGAACUUUGUGGGCAUCGAAGAUCAUGUUGCAAAACUGAGUGUAUUGCUGCAGUUGGACGCGGAGGAAGUGAGGAUGGUUGGUUUAUGGGGUUCCUCAGGGAUCGGCAAGACUACAAUUGCAAGAGUUCUGUUUCAACGACUUUCUCGACACUUCCGAGGUAGCAUUUUCAUAGACAGGGCUUUCGUAUCUAAGACUAUGGAAAUUUUCAAGGCAGCUAAUCCGGACGACUAUAACAUGAAGCUGCAUUUGCAAAGAAAUUUCCUAUCUGAAAUCUUAGGUAAAGGAGACAUAAAGAUAAAUCAUUUGAGUGCAGUUGGGGAGAGGCUGAAGAAUCAGAAAGUUCUUAUUUUCAUUGAUGAUUUUGAUGAUCAAGUUGUGCUAGAAGCCUUGGUUGGUCAAACUCAAUGGUUUGGAAGUGGGAGCAGAAUCGUUGUGGUUACAAAUGAUAAGCAGUAUCUAAGGGCCCAUGGGAUUAAUCACAUUUACAAGGUCUGUCUCCCAACUAAAAAGCUAGCUGUUGAGAUGUUAUGUCGAUCUGCUUUCAGGAAAAAGGCUGCACCUGAAGGUUUUGAGGAGCUUGUAGCUAAAGUUACAGGACUUGCUGGUAGUCUUCCUUUAGGUCUUAAUGUUUUGGGUUCAUCUCUACGGGGAAGGGACAAGGAGUACUGGAUGGAUUUGUUGCCAAGGCUUCAGAAUGGUUUAGAUGGGAAAAUUGAGAAGACAUUGAGGGUCAGCUACGAUGGAUUAACAAGCGAAGAAGAUAAAGCGUUAUUUCGCCAUAUUGCAUGCCUUUUCCAGUGGGAAAAAGUCACAUACCUGAAGUUGCUGCUCGCUGAUAGUGGGUUGAGUGUUACGGUUGGGCUGGAAAACCUAGCUGAUAAGUCCCUCAUUCAUGUAAGAGAGGAUUAUGUGAAGAUGCACUGUUUGUUAGAAGAGAUGGGUAGAGGUAUUGUUAGGCUUGACGAGCCUGAAAAACGAGAAUUUCUGGUGGACGCACAAGAUAUCUGUGAUGUACUCAGUCAAGACACUGGUACUCAUAAGAUAUUGGGUAUAAAAUUGAAUAUUGAUGAGAUUGAUGAACUGAAUGUGCAUGAGAAUGCCUUCAAAGGGAUGCGCAAUCUGCGUUUCCUGGAAAUUCUCCCAAAAAACCCUUUUAUGUUUGGAAAGGAAGAAGUUAGAAUUCACUUACCUGAAAACUUCGACUAUUUGCCGCAUGAACUGAGAUUAUUGCGUUGGCUUCGAUAUCCAAUGAGAUGUCUGCCUUCUAAGUUUCGUCCUGAAAAACUCGUCAAGUUCGAAAUGGUGAAUAGCAAGCUCGAGAAGCUGUGGGAAGGGAUUGUGUCGCUUACAUGUCUUAAAGAGAUGAAUAUGUGGGGAUCUAAAAACUUGAUAGAAAUGCCAGAUCUUUCAAAGGCCACCAAUCUGGAGACACUUAAUCUUGGGGAUUGCUAUAGUUUGGUCAAGCUUCCUUCCUCUAUUCCACAUCCCAACAAACUGACGACAUUAUCUCUGAGCAAUUGUCGAAAUCUGGAGACUAUUCCAACUGGCAUUAGCCUCAAAUCUCUCAAAAACCUAAAUACUAAAGGAUGCUCACGGAUAAGGAUUUUUCCCCAAAUCUCAACCACCAUCGUAGAGGUCGACGUAGGCGCAACAUCCAUUGAAGAAAUACCUUCAAAUUUGAGUUUGUGUUUCGAGAAUCUCCAUACCUUUACGAUGCACAGCCCAAAGAAACUAUGGGAAAGAGUGCAGCUUCUUACUCUCCUCACGACGAUCAUGUCUCCCUCUUUGUGGUAUCUGGAUCUCUCGGAUAACCCUGGCUUGGUGGAGCUUCCUUCUUCAUUUAAGAAUCUCCAUAACCUGUCGAUAUUGAAAAUUAGUAACUGCGUAAAUCUGGAAACUCUUCCCACCGGAAUCAACCUUGGAUCUCUCGAUCUCCUAUAUCUCAGUGGAUGCUCACGGUUGAGGACUUUUCCUGAUAUCUCAACCCACAUCACACAUCUUUAUCUAAGCGGAACAGGGAUUGAAGAGAUUCCUUGUUCGAUUGAGAAAUUCUCCAGGCUUGGCUCCCUACAUAUGAACGGAUGCAACAAUUUGGAAUAUGUAAACCUAAACCUUUUUAAACUCAAACAUCUUCACGAAGUCGACUUUUCAGACUGCAAGUGCUUAAACUUGGAUCAAGAAGCUCUGUUUCAAAAGAAAACAUAUUCAGUUUGUCAACUGAAGUUGUCAGGUGAAGAAGUGCCUUCAUAUUUCACGCACCGUACUACUGGAACCUCCUCCUCUCUCACCAUUCCUUUACUUCACAGCUGUCUCUCACAACCAUUCCUCCGAUUCAGGGCUUGUAUUGUGUUUGAUUCGGACAAUGAGUCAUAUAGCAGAUGUGCCUUUAGAUUCAAAGGCAGUUUUCGGAACUGCUCUGAUUCCUAUAAUCAGGCACAAGACUUCUGCGCAGUCACGGAUGAUUAUAAUAUCUUUUCAUUUGAGGAGGAAAGUUGUCUGUCUGUAUCAGACUACCAGAUGUCUCAAAUCCCUUUAGAAAUGAACUUCGAUGGCCUGGAUCUGAAGAUUCAUAUUGAUUAUUGUCGUUCUGCUAAAAUAAAAGGAUGGGGUAUACGAAUCUUAGAGGAGGACUGUUCAUCGGCAGACAACCGACUUGGUUAUCCAAACAUUCUACCACAUGUUUUUGAAGCCGAUGAAUGCAAUAUGAGGCUGGUGAAUGUGGAGGCAAAUGAUGUAGUGACGGAAAGAAGCGGAUUUCGUGAAUAAACUUUUGAUUGUUAGGUUGUAACGCAGAGCAUCUAAAAUUAGGAAUUAAGAGAGUUUCCCAUCCAACUUGCUUGUGGAUCUUAGUAUGCGGAGAGCACAAUAUUGUGGGAAGGAGUGCAUGCAGUGCCUCUUUUUCUAUCAGAAUUGCUCCUGCACAGCUCAGGGGAGGUCUCAACAUUGUAUUCCAACUCAUGGUCACAAUUGGAAUCCUAAUAGCCAACCUUGUCAACUACUUCACUGCCACCGUUCACCCUAACGGAUGGCGAAUCGCCCUCGGUGGAGCCGCAAUCCCCGCCGUUAUCCUCGUCUUCGGUUCACUGAUCAUCUGCGAGACUCCCACGAGCCUCAUAGAGCGCAA